AUACCGAAGUUUUCCCUGCUCGUUUACUUCUUCCAGGUACUCAUCACAUCACUUCCACUCACUCUCGCAUCACACAACACAGGGUCAUCUGUCUCUUCUACCGAACAGCAAGAGACUCUCAUAAGCAUCGCUAUAUAUCUAUAUUUUCACAUAGAGGUCCAUCUCGAUAGGAAUCAAUAAUCCAUCACGUGCAACAAACGUAGAAAUGGCUUCAACAUAUCCAACUUAUAUUUACAAAAUCAUUCCUGCUGAUGCAAAACCUUCUUCGCCACUUCCAGAAGUCCUUCCAGUCUCUGAUCUAGAUAAGAGAGAUGGAUUUGUUCACUGCUCUACCUCGAAGCAAUUACUGAGAACUUUGAAUGCAUUUUUCUCAAACGAGUCCCACGUCUACAUUCUCCGCAUCAAGUAUGAGCAAGUAGCUCCAUACAUCAAAUGGGAGGAUGCAGUGGGAAAGCAUCCCGAAGAAAUAGGCGGAUGUUGGGAUACAGAGGGAAAAGCGGGAUUCUUUCCUCACAUCUAUAAUGGGUUGAAGGUUGGAAAAGAGGAAGUCGAUGAUGUAGGAGAGUGGAGAAAAGGAAACGAAGGUUGGUCCGGUGAGGACUGGUGUUGGGGAGAGGUGGAUCGUCCCAUCUAAUUAUGAGAUUAAAGACUACGCGGCUGCAAGAUAAGCUUGGAGAUAAACAAUUUCUUACAAAAGGUGACUUUCCCGACUUAAAUUGCGUUUGUGAUAGUGUGCUUUGGGUAAGAAGCGUCGCGGGUUUCGUGGUUCAGACAGAUCCAAUAAUUUAAGUAUUGGUACAUCUAAUGUCUUGGGGAACAGUGGAAUGAAAAGUAGGUUAGAUCUCGCACUCUGACGAUAUCACCGUAUGCUUUGAUGCUCGGAUUCAAUCACAGAUCUACUUCAAAACAUGAUUCGUUAU